UAAAAAACAAACAAAGAAACUGAUCCAUUUUUGGCGGGUCUUCUUCUACUCUUAUUCAUAUGUGUUAACGAACUAUAGCGUAAAAUUCAGAGCAAGCGAUCUCCGAUUUGAACGUGGCUAUCACCGGAGGCCCACCACUACGGGCGAUACGCUCUAAGUGAGGAUUAAAGUGCUCUGGUGGUGACGUUGAAGAAACUCGCCCAUGGUUUUUGUUAUCUCUGCAGCCAAGUGUCGUUCUUUCUUCGCCACUUCUCAUCAAGCUACAGUGAAUUUAAAAAUGGCGUCUUUCUUUGAUCUCGUAUACAUAAGCUGGAUUGGUUUCUUAAACAAAUUCCUCUCCUUUUGGGUCUUCUGGGUUUGCCUUGUAAGUGUUUGUGUUUUUGCCUCUGAGAAAAAAUCAUGCCGACUGGUAGGUUCGAGACUAUGCGUGAAUGGGUUUAUGACGCUAUCUCUGCUCAACGCAAUGAGCUCCUCUCUCUUUUCUCCAGAUAUGUAGCCCAGGGAAAGGGGAUAUUGCAGUCCCACCAGCUGAUUGAUGAGUUCCUUAAGACUGUGAAAGUUGAUGGAACAUUAGAAGAUCUUAACAAAAGUCCAUUCAUGAAAGUUCUGCAGUCUGCAGAGGAAGCCAUAGUUUUGCCUCCAUUUGUUGCUUUGGCUAUACGUCCCAGACCUGGUGUUAGGGAAUAUGUCCGUGUGAAUGUGUAUGAGCUGAGCGUAGAUCAUUUAACUGUUUCUGAAUAUCUUCGGUUUAAGGAAGAGCUCGUUAAUGGCCAUGCCAAUGGAGAUUAUCUCCUUGAACUUGAUUUUGAACCUUUCAAUGCAACAUUGCCUCGCCCAACUCGUUCAUCAUCCAUUGGGAAUGGGGUUCAGUUCCUCAAUCGUCACCUCUCUUCAAUUAUGUUCCGUAACAAAGAAAGCAUGGAGCCUUUGCUUGAGUUUCUCCGCACUCACAAACAUGAUGGCCGUCCUAUGAUGCUGAAUGAUCGAAUACAGAAUAUCCCCAUACUUCAGGGAGCUUUGGCAAGAGCAGAGGAGUUCCUUUCUAAACUUCCUCUGGCAACACCAUACUCUGAAUUCGAAUUUGAACUACAAGGGAUGGGAUUUGAAAGGGGAUGGGGUGACACAGCACAGAAGGUUUCAGAAAUGGUGCAUCUUCUUCUGGACAUACUCCAGGCACCUGAUCCUUCUGUCUUGGAGACGUUUCUAGGAAGGAUUCCUAUGGUGUUCAAUGUUGUGAUUUUGUCUCCGCAUGGUUACUUUGGCCAAGCCAAUGUCUUGGGUCUGCCUGAUACUGGUGGACAGGUUGUCUACAUUCUUGAUCAAGUACGUGCAUUGGAAAAUGAGAUGCUCCUUAGGAUACAGAAGCAAGGACUGGAAGUUAUUCCAAAGAUUCUCAUUGUAACAAGACUGCUACCCGAAGCAAAGGGAACAACGUGCAACCAGAGGUUAGAAAGAGUUAGUGGUACAGAACACGCACACAUUCUGCGAAUACCAUUUAGGACUGAAAAGGGAAUUCUUCGCAAGUGGAUCUCAAGGUUUGAUGUCUGGCCAUACCUGGAGACUUUUGCAGAGGAUGCAUCAAAUGAAAUUUCUGCGGAGUUGCAGGGUGUACCAAAUCUCAUCAUUGGCAACUACAGUGAUGGAAAUCUCGUUGCUUCUUUGUUAGCUAGUAAGCUAGGUGUGAUACAGUGUAAUAUUGCUCAUGCUUUAGAGAAAACCAAGUACCCCGAGUCUGACAUUUACUGGAGAAACCAUGAAGAUAAGUAUCACUUUUCAAGUCAGUUCACUGCAGAUCUAAUUGCCAUGAAUAAUGCCGAUUUCAUCAUCACCAGCACAUACCAAGAGAUUGCGGGAAGCAAGAACAAUGUUGGGCAAUACGAGAGCCACACAGCUUUCACUAUGCCUGGUCUUUACCGAGUUGUUCAUGGAAUUGAUGUCUUUGAUCCUAAGUUUAAUAUAGUCUCUCCAGGAGCUGAUAUGACCAUAUACUUUCCAUAUUCUGACAAGGAAAGAAGACUCACUGCCCUUCAUGAGUCAAUUGAAGAACUCCUCUUUAGUGCCGAACAGAAUGAUGAGCAUGUUGGUUUACUGAGCGACCAAUCGAAGCCAAUCAUCUUCUCUAUGGCAAGACUUGACAGGGUGAAAAACUUGACUGGGCUAGUUGAAUGCUAUGCCAAGAAUAGCAAGCUUAGAGAGCUUGCAAAUCUUGUUAUAGUCGGUGGCUACAUCGAUGAGAAUCAGUCCAGGGAUAGAGAGGAAAUGGCUGAGAUACAAAAGAUGCACAGCCUGAUUGAGCAGUAUGAUUUACACGGUGAGUUUAGGUGGAUAGCUGCUCAAAUGAACCGUGCUCGAAAUGGUGAGCUUUACCGUUAUAUCGCAGACACAAAAGGUGUUUUUGUUCAGCCUGCUUUCUAUGAAGCAUUUGGGCUUACGGUUGUGGAAUCAAUGACUUGUGCACUCCCAACGUUUGCUACCUGUCAUGGUGGACCCGCAGAGAUUAUCGAAAACGGAGUUUCUGGGUUCCACAUUGACCCAUAUCAUCCAGACCAGGUUGCAGCUACCUUGGUCAGCUUCUUUGAGACCUGUAACACCAAUCCAAAUCAUUGGGUUAAAAUCUCUGAAGGAGGGCUCAAGCGAAUCUAUGAAAGGUACACAUGGAAGAAGUACUCAGAGAGACUGCUUACCCUGGCUGGAGUCUAUGCAUUCUGGAAACAUGUGUCUAAGCUCGAAAGGAGAGAAACACGACGUUACCUAGAGAUGUUUUACUCAUUGAAAUUUCGUGAUUUGGCCAAUUCAAUCCCGCUGGCAACAGAUGAGAACUGAUCAUGACAGGGUAGGAUUUUAUUUCCUGCACUUUCUUUAGAUCUUUUGUUUGUGUUAUCUUGAAUAAAAAUUGUUGGGUUUUGUUUCCUUCAGUGGUUUGAUUUUGGACUUAUUUGUGUUAAUGUUGUUUUGGCUGUUCUCUUAAUAUCAAUAACAAAUAAAUUUACUGGUUGGUAUCUAAGAUCUAA